GAAGGUUAAGGUUGCUAUAGCCAACGGGCUUACGCACGUGGAGGAAGAUCUCAUCCAGCGCCCAGUCUCAGCGCUCAGCACUGACAGCAACACUGACGGCAGUGUUUACGCAACCUAUCUCUAUACCACCUCUUUUCGACCGUAUCUGAGCCAGAGAUCAGGUCCAGGCGCGCCGAUGUCCUUUCCCAACCUCUAUUACAAGCGAGCCGUAGGCACGGAGAGAGCGUGCUUCGUAUGCUAUAAGCCAACUACGACGUGUCUCGCCACAAUUGAUUCAGCUGACUUCUUGUACGCUUGCACGACUCACCUCUCUGAUCGCGGGUUUGCCACGCAAGUCCUGGAAUCUCCUCCGCCCCAGAAAGCAGGUGCUAGCCAAGAGGAGAUAGACAGGGUUAAGAAAGAGUGGGAAGAGAAGCAAAAGCAGAAGCGGGAGCGGGAGAAAGAAAAAGAGAAGGAACAGGAUAAAGGGAAAGACGGAGAGGCGAAAGGGGACCAAGACAAGGAUAAGGAUAGCAAAGACAAGUCUGCUAACAAAAGUGAAGAUAAGAUACCGGUGUCGACCACACCCGCUCCUAUCGCCUCACCUUCGCUACCCAAGAAGCCUACACAUGAAAAGUACACUCUUCAUCGUGAUAUCUUUGCACUAAGGGUAGCCGAACAUCGGAAACGUAGGCAGACGGCUCAAGCAAAGAACCUUGCACCUCGAUUGCCUGGCGCACCACGAAGUAACUUCUCGUGAUGAUUGACAAUGAGGAUCUUAAUAAUGAUAUGUACUGUAGUGACAAUGAUAUGACUAACGAAC